CGCAACCUCCAGGCAAUAGCACGUUUUAUAAAUUAUACAUACGGUGGGAGUGCUAUAAGGAUAGAUAGUUGUUGUACUGUAAUUCUGUAAAUCGAGAAAAGAAAAUGGAGAGCCGGGUGCCAGAAAAGCUGAUCGUGGUGAAUCGCGACCCCGACGGCGUUGGAUGGAUCAUAAUAAACCGACCUAAGUCGCUCAACUCCUUAACGAAGGCCAUGAUGGCGGAUCUAGCUCAAGGUUUUAAGUCUCUGAGCGCAGACAAAUCGGUUCGGGUCAUCAUUCUCACCGCCUCCGGCGCUUCUUUCUGCUCCGGAGUCGACUUGACAGCCGCUGAGGAUGUUUUCAAGGGUGACGUCAAGGACGUUGAGGCUGACCCUGUGGCACAGAUGCAACUCUGCCCUAAACCAAUCAUCGGAGCAAUUGCCGGUUUUGCUGUCACUGCUGGCUUUGAGAUCGCCCUCGCUUGCGACAUAUUGGUUGCUUCCAACGAUGCUAAGUUCAUGGAUACUCACGCAAGGUUUGGGAUAUUUCCUUCCUGGGGUCUAUCUCAGAAGCUUUCACGUGUAAUAGGGCCCAACAAAGCUCGUGAAGUGUCACUUACUGCAACACCUCUAACUGCUGACAAAGCAGAAAGGCUGGGUUUUGUGAACCAUGUUGUUGAAAGAAGUGAACUCUUGAAAAAGGCUCGACAGGUUGCAGAAGCAAUAAUCAAGAACAACCAGGACAUGGUGUUAAGGUACAAGGCAGUAAUAAAUGAUGGUUUCAAACUUGACUUGGAUCGUGCUCUUGCUCUUGAGAAGGAGAGAGCGCAUGAGUAUUAUAAUGGAAUGACUAAGGAGCAAUUUCAGAAGAUGCAAGAAUUCAUAGCAAGUCGGAGCUCAAAAAAACCUUCCUCCAAGUUGUAGAUUUUUUUUUCUUCAUCAUUGUAAAAUAAAACUCGGAUGUAUUCAUCCUCUUCAUUGUCCUGUAAUGUUCUUCCGUUCCAAAA